AUGGCUGAGUCGAUCAGCGAAGGCACGCUUGCUUCUCUUCUGAAGAAGAUCGGCGAUCGCGUGGAGGUGGAUGACGAGAUUGCGAGCAUUGAAACGGACAAAAUUGAUGUGGCAGUGAACACGCCCGAGGCGGGUGUGAUAGUGGAGAUGUGCGUUGGGGAGGGGGAUGUGGUGAGUGUCGAUCAAGUGGUUUGUAGGAUUGACACAGGUAUGGAUAUAGAGCAGAAGGGCACUGGAGAAGCAGAGAGUGGUGGCUCCAGGGAGGAUAAACGGGAUUUGGCGCCGGCGCAGAAGGCUGCGCCAGUUGAGGAGGUCGAGAGGAAAAAUCAGGCGUCACAGCAACCGGACAAAAGCACAGUCGGGGCCACACCGGCGGCACAACCGUCCACGGCUUCUUUGACGCCUCAGAUGUCUGCGCCGCCGACGUCGAAUCUGAAGGUUCCGGAUGUGCCUACAUUUGUUUCGUCGCCUUCCUCGCCCUCGCCUGCCUCGAACAGGCCCAAUAGAACUGAAACCAGGGUCAAAAUGACACGCAUUCGCUCCACCAUCGCCGCACGACUGAAGGAGUCGCAGAACCGCGCCGCGGCGCUAACAACCUUCAACGAGGUCGACAUGUCUGCUCUGAUCGCCCUUCGCCAGCGCCACCGCGCGUCUGUUCUUGAUGCACAUGGCGUCCGCUUGGGCUUUAUGGGUGCGUUUGCAAAAGCAAGUGCAUUGGCCCUGCGCGAGGUGCCGGCUGUGAAUGCAGCAAUUGAGGGUGAUGGAGUCGGGAGCACCGUGGUUUGGAGGGACUAUGUGGAUAUUAGUUUCGCGGUUAGCACGGAGAAAGGGCUCGUCACGCCGGCUCGCUUGGGGAAAAUCACGAUGCAGGAUUUGCAAGGCGGAAACUUUACCAUCAGCAACGGAGGCGUAUUUGGGAGUUUGAUGGGCACACCGAUUAUUAACUUGCCGCAGACAGCAGUGAUGGGGUUGCAUGGGAUUAAAGAGAGGCCGGUAGCUGUGGAAGGGAAAGUAGAGAUCAGGCCGAUGAUGUAUCUCGCCUUGACUUAUGACCAUAGUUUGGUGGAUGGGAAGGAAGCAACCACAUUUCUGGUCUUAGUCAAGAAGUACAUCGAGGAUCCCACGACGAUGUUACUUGAAUAA